AUGGAAGUUCCACCAAAGGGUGGUUUUAGCUUUGAUUUGUGCCGCAGGAAUGAAAUGAUUGCGGGCAAAGGUCUAAAGCCACCAUCAUUUCUGAAGACAGGAACAACAAUUGUGGGUUUGGUAUUUCAGGUAUGGAUGAUUCCUUCUGUUUGAACUGGCAGCACAAGGAUGUUAUGACAUGUAAUUGUGUUUGUCAUCCCAAUUGGUUAUAGAGUUAUAGUGAUAGUUGUCUUCAUACAUUUUCUGGUAACAUAAAACCUUAGUGUUGGAAAUGUUGUACCCUUAUGCUUGUUAUUUGGCACGUCUUAUUCUACUUUCAACGUGGUCCUGUUGCAUUGUUGAAGAAAAAUGUAUUGUUUAGGCAUUUCCCCAAUAUUUUCAUUAAUCCUUCCCAGUCUGGGAGGAAGAAUGUGUUUAUGAAGUUAUCUGAUCACUUCUGUAUAUGCUUCAUGUUAUCUAAUAGAACAUGAUCCUUGAUCUCAUUUAAUUACUAAUGAACCGAGCUCUUAGUGCUCAGCCUAUCAAGUAAUGUCUCUUUGUUUGCAUUGUGUGGAUCAAGUUAUGCAAUAACCCUGAAUGAUUGUUAAACUAACGUGUUCCUAUCAUCUGGGAGUUUGAGAAAUGGUGUAAUCUAGAAAGCCGUAUGAAUUAUGGGGUUUCUUUCCCUCAGUAAUUGCCUAUCACUAAUGUAACACCACAUUUAUACCGCCUAAGUAUUUUGCAACACUUUCAAUUUAUUGACCUUUCUGUUUCUUUUCAAUCGUGUAAUUUAAUGAUAUGAACUUGUACUUUCUCACAUAUUAUUUAGCUGUAGACCGGAUUCCCAACAUGCCAACUGGAAAAUGUUUGACUUGCUUUACAGUAGCACUUAUUUUUUAUUGUUAAUAAAAAGGGUAAUUUUGGCUGCCUAUAUUAUUAUAACGUGGCUUCUGAACACAAUGAGCUCUUACAGGAUAAGUGGCAUCACCCUGUGACAACGUCCGUUAGAUAUGAUCUUCUCACUCCCAUAAUGGAAACCCUAUCCAACUGUUUUUGUCAUGGAGACACUUGCACUUUGUUGAUCCAGAUUAGAGCGGUUUCCUCUUGUGAUACAUUCAGUAAUACCCGUCCUUUUUUCUUGAAUAAAAAAAAUUGACUUCCUUGUUUGAGAUUCGUUGGCCAGCAGUCUUAGUGGCAGAAAGUUAAAGAGAAUCAUUAGUCAGUUUUGAGUUCCCAAGUUAGUGCCAAUGAUUUUUAAUGGGCUAACUAUUUUUGUCUCUUAUUUAAAAUUUUCAUUAGGAUGGCAUUGUUUUGGGAGCAGAUACCAGGGCAACUGAAGGGCCAAUAGUAGCUGAUAAAAACUGCGAGAAAAUUCAUUACAUGGCACCAAAUAUAUACUGCUGUGGUGCAGGAACUGCUGCAGACACAGAAGCCGUGACUGGUAGGUUCAGAUUUUAUUUUUUUCCGGUUUAUUUUUUAAUCCAGAUAUUUAAGUUUUAAUCAUAUCCUCUUGCUCUUGUUACACUUUUCUUGGUGAUCAUUUUUUCUGUCCUCGGUGUCAUUUGUCUCACUGUGGUGACAUAUUGACUAUCCAUGAUUUCCUUCCCAGACAUGGUUAGCUCCCAGCUUCAAUUGCACCGAUAUGCCACAGGCCGUGAAUCAAGGGUUGUUACUGCACUUACUCUUUUGAAGACACACUUGUUCAGGUUUAUAUACUUCUGUCAUCGCAUCUCAUGCUUUUUGCUUAGUCUUUUAGCGUGGUUUCAACUCAAAUUAUGUUCUUCUCCAAUUUUUAUAAACUUUUUUGGCCAGCUACCAAGGUUACGUCAGCGCUGCUUUGGUUCUCGGUGGUGUUGAUGUCACUGGACCGCAUCUGCACACAGUAUGUUUAUAUGCUCCUUAUUUGACUGCAUAAAUGUUUUCUUCAUCUGAUAACUGUAUCAACAAUCUCAUUAUUUCUUUCGAGAAACCACUACUUUUGCCCAUAAUACUCAUCUACCCCCACAGUUCAACUGGUGCUCUUUAUGUUGAUAAAGAGAUUGGUUUUCCGGUUGCAUGUACUUGCAUAUUUGAUAGCUCGCCCACAUGUGCAGAUCUAUCCUCAUGGCUCAACUGAUACUCUCCCGUUUGCUACAAUGGGAUCCGGUUCGCUGGCAGCCAUGGCGGUGUUUGAAUCAAAAUACAGAGAGGGUCUUACUGUAUGUCAUCUGAAACUUACUAAAAUACCUUUUUACAUGAAUUCUCUUCGGCAUUUAUCUGUUGUUGCUUCACAAUUUGAAGGUUUAUAUGCACUCUGUGACAAACACCUUGAGGAUAUAUAUGUAUAUGUAUAGAUACGAAUGAUGUGGAUAUUAUAUUGUAUCAAUUUUUCUGAAGAAUUUGAGAGCUUGACCUGUUUUUGCCAUUCGCAUUUUGUUGUGAAUGCUCAGAUUCUGUCCCUGUUCAUGGGCAUUUAUCUCAUACGUAUAGGAGAGGAGGAAGAACUACUCUAGGCCCAUUUAAUUAUAGGCUUAUGGGCCUUAUAGAGCCAUUACUAUCACAGAUCAACUGAGAAUUCUAAUACCAACGUCAGUUUGAACAGCGUGUUUGAAACAUAAUGUCUCUACUUUCUCUUACUCAGAGGGACGAAGGAAUCAGUUUAGUCAGUGAAGCCAUCUGUUCGGGCAUAUUCAAUGAUCUUGGGAGCGGCAGCAACGUGGAUGUCUGCGUCAUUACCAAGGUGAGAUGACACAAUCUUCUGCAAGCUUAUUUUGUCCUUUUUUUUUCUUUUUUUCUUUUUUUUUUUGCUUUCCAUUAAUUCUGCUUCCCCUGCUUGGCUUCUGCAAAUAAAGGACCAAGUGGAGUACCUGAGGAACUUCCAAUUGCCGAAUCCCAGGACCUACAUCAGCUCCAAGGGCUAUUCCUUCAUCAAAGGCCAAACGGGUAACAAUUUUAAUGCAUAUAUGUUUAUAAUUUGGAAAGUUUUCUUUUUUUAGAAAAAGAGCUUCUGCUCAACUCGGCUCUGUUCCUGCAGAAGUGCUGUCCACGAAGAUCACUCUGCUGAAGCAGAAGGUGGCUGAGGUGGAAGUAGAUGUGAUGGAAGAGUGA